UGUGUGCACAUUUCGAAAUAUAUUUCGAACAUCCACACGUGAAAUAACAAUUUAAAAACAAUAAAAGAAAAUAAUUAAAAUAAUGGAAAUUGAACAGGAUCAUAACAAAUUAAAAAAUGCUGAUGAAUUAGUUGCUGGCACAUCAAAAGAGACAUAUGGAAAGACAGAUGUAAACAAAUCGGAAGAAGCCGUGAUUAUCCAGAAAUCCUCUGCUCUAUCAUUACUGGCUCAAUACAGUGAAUCUGACAGUGAAGAAGAAACUGAAAAAAAUAAUGAAAAUUACAGAAAAGCUAAAUCAAGUUCGAGUAGCAGCAGCAGCAGCGAAUCAGACAACGAAACUGACAUAAGAAAAAUCAUCGAAAAAAAGUUAAGUGCACCUGUUGGAUCAGAUGAUGAGUCUGAUGAAGAAAAUCCUAAUAAAACGAAGAAACGAGAGCCACUUAAAGUUAAAGGAGAAUUUGGAAUUGAUGAUUUGCCGCCGAUUCAAGAUCUCCAAAUUUCGGUCGAUGAGAGGGAAUGCGUGCAGUUGGGGUCAAUCUCAUCGAUAGUUGAUCAACUAGUUCUUAUUGAAACGUUCCCGAAUUCAAUUCCCCUUGACAUUGACUCCGUUUUGUUCCUUGAUAAUGGAAAGCAAGCCCUUGGAAAAGUGUUCGAUGUCAUUGGACCUGUUCAUGGUCCAAUUUAUUGUGUACGCUUUAAUUCACAUGACGACAUCAUUGCCAAGGGCAUCACCGUUGGUACAAAAGUUUUUUGUGCACCUCGAACUGAAUAUUCUUCAUUUGUCAUCUUAUCACAAGUCAUGGCGAUGAAAGGAUCGGAUGCGAGUUGGAAAAAUGACAUUGAACCACCAGAUAACUUAAUUGAUUAUUCAGAUGAUGAACAAGAGAAGAAAAUAAAGAGACAAGGAAAGAAUUAUCGUCAACAAAAUCCAGAAGAACGACGUCAAUUUUUGAAAGGCCGUCGCCAUUUACCCAACAACAAUCCUCCAAAUUUAGCUUAUCCAAAUUACAGCUGGCAUCAAAACCUUCCUCCAAAUCUCAUGAAUCAAAAUCAAAAUCAAAGAUUUUAUCAACAAUAGAAUUGUAAAGUUAAGAUAAUAAAAAAAAUUCUCAAGCAUAA